GUUUAGAACCAUUAUUGAGAUAACAGCUAGUGUUGUGUCAUAAGUAUAGUGCGCCAUCUAGUAUCGGAAAGAUGUUGAAUUUAGUCUCGCUACUCGUCGCCGCGGCGCUAGUGUCGCUCCACUGUUCCUACGAAGCGGACGCUGCUAUUGAACAUCCUAAGAUCAUCGUUUCUAAUAAUUUAGAACCAAAUAGUCUGCCCGCUCCCCGUCGCCGCUUACUCCGCGAAUAUCUCACCAUAUCUGAGCCUCCUCCAGCCACGGUCAAGCAAGUGUCGGGCACACCAUUGGUAUUGCCGUGUGUUGCGUACGGCAAGCCAGCGCCAUCUAUAUCGUGGUUGAAGAAUGGUGUGCCUGUUUCUGAUUUUGAAGAGGAUUCCAACGAAGUAUUUGCCGUACAUCCCUCAAGUAUUGCCCGUAUUAUGAGCAAGUUGGUGGUACCGUCAGCAACGAAUGGAGACGUUUUUACAUGUGUUGCCAAUUCUGGAGUCAUCGAAAAGACUGCAUCUAGCACUGUUUAUACUGAAGAAGUGCAAGACGAUGUCCUCAGUCUACCAGCAGAACCGGUGAUCACAGCUUCGUAUGGUGAUGUUCUUCAGGUGAUGGGCAGCAGCGUGACCUUGCCCUGCAGGACGUAUAGCGCUACUGACUCUAAACUGUACUGGAUUGAUAAUAAUGGCAACCCUGUAUAUGAUAAUCAACGGUUCAAGACACUACCAUCAGGAGAUUUGCGUAUAACUGGUCUGGUUUUCGAAGACAUGGGCGACUAUACUUGCACUGUGAAAAAUCUGUACGGAGAGGAUAGCAGUACAACGUUCUUGUAUCCUUUCCGGAAUUAGAUAUCAAUCGACAGACCCGCUCUACACCAAGUUACCCGCCGACAUUAAUGUUCCUACUUAAUAACUUAUUAUUAGCUAAGUGUACCUUAAUGUGAUUUAUUUGUGUACUUAAUCGUUUUAUCCGUUUUACUGUUUUAAGUAGACAUUUUUUUAAGUAUUUUUUGUACAGUAUUUAGGUUAUUAUUUAUACAGCACUAAAGUUUUAAUACUAAAGUUUGAAACGAAAAUAUUUCGUCUUUCUAGGGAAAUAUUAUGGAAAAUGUAUUAUUACAGAUCAAUAAUUACUAUUGGUCAAUCGUUGUAGCCUUUGACGUUUAAAAUAUAGAUUAAAAAACCAAAAUGACAUUUCUUGCCAUGUUAGUGUUCCCGCCAAAAUAAAUGUCAAAUGAAUUAUAGUCUAGUGCAUUUAUAAUUAUUUUAUAGUUAUUUAUUGUUUCAUUGUAUGAUAAGCGUAUUGUGUU